GAUGUUGAUCCAAUUGUACCAGAAAAAGAAUCCUCAAAAAAGGAACCAGCAACAACGGUAGUUGUCCAGAAGAAAGUUGAUAGGUCUCGAGCAAGUCCUAAAGAGGCCAGAAUUAGACAUGAAUAUCCUCAACCGGCACCUCGUGAUCGUAAUGUCGGUCCUCGUCUUUCUGGUCGUCGCGAAGAAGGUGAAUACCCUAGUAAUAGAGCGCUACGCGGUGCCCGACCUAGCGAACGAGGUCGUGGUCGUGGAGGAAACCGUCGAGGACGAGAAUACGACCGUCAUAGUGGCACUGAAAAUCAGAGUUGGGGUCACGCUACUACUUCAUGGGAAAAUAAUGAAACAUUGGACAACAGUUGGGGUGGUGAAACAAAAGAAAACGAUGCUCCAGCCUCUAGCUGGGAUGAUAGCGAAAAGCCUGGUCCAAAUGAAAACGGCUGGGGCGAUGGUGCUAACGGUCAAAAUGCACAUGAGUCUAAUGCUAACGAAGGUGGAUCAAAUUGGGAUGCACCCGUAGAGGCUGGCGAAAAUUGGGAAUCAGGUGUAAAUGAGAAUGAAAACUCUACAGCUGAAGAUAAAGCCGAAUUUAAGAGUCGAGAAGUGAAAGAAGAAGCUGCUGCUGACGAUGAAACAACUGCAGCUGUUGUUGAAAAAACUUUCGAUGAAUAUCUUGCUGAAAAAGCUCAAAAGGUACUUGAUCUUUCUCUCCCUGAAGCUAGAAAACCAAAUGAAGGAGUAGAUGAUUCUCAAUGGAAAGAUGCCGUUCCUUUGGAAAAAGAUGACGAAGAUGUCCUUUUCGCUGGCAAGGAGCAAGCUUUUAGACUCAAGUCCAAGAAAUCAAAAGCAAAAAAUUAUCUUGAAAUUGAACCAACUUAUGAUAGACCAGCUAACUUUCCACGCGGACGUGGUCGAGGACGCGGUGGUGGACCCCGCGGAGGAAGAGAAAGACGUGAUAAUCGUGACGGGCGUGAACGUGAUAGGCGUGAUAAUUAUCGUGACAACUACGAUAGUGAGAAUCGUGAUAAUCGUCGUCGUGGAGGAGGUACUAGCAAUGAAGACGAGCGUCGUCACUUGUUGCUUUCUGAAGACUCUGUGAGAACUAUUCGUUCAGGGUUGGAGUUAUAUACGUCCACUUCCUUUUCGUCUAUGCCCACCUCACAUUAUUCGUAUUCAGAUGUUGUACGCGUAUCCAUUAAUGCACCGUCUAUGUAUAAUAAAGUUACCAAAGAUAUACAAAAAUAUAACAAAGGAGUCCGUGCAGCAGUUAAACUUCGUGGGAUGAAAAAUAUGUGGGAGAAAGCACGAAAUAUGAUUCAAGAAAAAAAAUAUUUAUUUAUAGCUGUUGAUGUUGAAAGUUAUGAACGAGAUCAUUCUUGUAUCUUGGAAACAUCUGAGAAAUGGACAAUUCGUUCCGGACAUGAAAGAUCGAUUCACCUUUGGAACCACAAUGAAUUCAUGAAAGAUCUGGAAUCACAAAAAGGAAAUGUAGUUCUUGUAGGACAUGAUAUCAAGACGGAUGUAAAGUAUAUAGAAAGCAUGGGAAUGGAUGUUUCUAGUGUGAUAGAAAGGUUCGAUACUGCUGAUAUGAAUGCCGCAAGGGUUGGGAAACCGAAUGAACGAAUUAAUCUUGGAAGGUUGUUAGAUGAACUGGAUAUUGAAAAUUACAGUUUACAUAACGCUG